UAUUUAUUUUUCGCGCGUCGUUCCCCUUCUAAUUCUUCCCCUCCAAAAUCUCCCUUCCUCCGAUUGAAUUCAAAUGCAUAUUACCAAAAUUUAAACCCUCUGCUAACAUUUUUGAAUAAUCCGAGAAUCCCAAUUGAAACAGUCGAGAGAAUCAGAAAAGAUAAAAUAAAUGGAGGAAAGUGAAAAAUCAAGUACCGAGAAUGAUCCCGCACGGCCGUGGCAAUCUUAUAACACUGUCUACACUAUCGCCAAAGCAGGGAUGGAAGGGGUGGACAAGGAAAAAGUGCAGAGGAUAGUUUAUGAGAUGAGCAAAGGGUCCAAGUAUUUCGAGAAUGAGGAAAAGAAAGAAGUUUACAUGAAGCAGAAAAUCGAGAGUAUGCGGGCGCAGCUUGCCAAGCUUACUGCGGUGGAUAUAUCACGGUAUCAGAAGUUUGCUGAUAAAAGGAUUGUCGAAUUAGAAGCCACACGUGAUCUGUCAAGGAUUUGGCUACAUGUGGAUAUGGAUGCUUUCUAUGCGGCUGUUGAAACACUUUCUGAUCCUUCUCUAAAAGGCAAGCCAAUGGCGGUUGGUAGCAUGUCUAUGAUCUCGACAGCUAAUUAUGAGGCACGAAAAUUUGGGGUUAGAGCUGCAAUGCCUGGAUUUAUUGCACGUAAAUUGUGUCCCAAACUGAUUUUUGUUCCAACAGACUUCAAAAAGUACACUUAUUAUAGUGAUUUAACAAGACAAGUUUUCCAGAGAUAUGAUCCCAACUUCUUGGCUGCAAGUUUGGAUGAGGCAUACCUAGAUAUAACAAACUUCUGCAAUGAAAAAGGAAUGACUGGUGCAGAAGUGGCUGAAGAGCUCAGAGAAAGUGUCCACAAGGAGACUGGGCUCACAUGUAGUGCUGGAGUAGCACCAAAUCGCUUGCUUGCUAAGGUUUGUUCAGACAUCAAUAAGCCAAAUGGCCAAUUUGUGUUACCAAAUGAGCGCAUGGCUGUCAUGACAUUUAUAUCCUCGUUACCUAUAAGAAAGAUUGGGGGUAUUGGUAAGGUCACUGAAAAUAUUUUGAAGGGAAUUUUUGGAAUCACGACAUGUGAGGAAAUGCUGCAAAAAAGUAAUUUCAUCUGCGCACUGUUCUCUCGGACAUCUGCAGACUUUUUCUUGUCUGUCGGUUUGGGUCUUGGGAGGACAGAUACUCCUCAAGUGACCCAAAGAAAAAGUAUGAGUAAUGAGAGAACAUUUUCACCUACUGAUGAUGAGGCAUUAUUUCUCCAGAAAUUAGUGGAUCUUUCAGAAAAUCUUGCCUCUGACUUGAAGAAAGAAGGCCUUUGUGGAAGAACAUUGACAUUAAAGUUGAAAACAUCGUGUUUUGAGGUACGAACUCGAGCAGUGACUCUGCCAGACAAUAUUUGCUCAAGUGAGGAUAUACUGAAACAUGCCACAAAGCUUCUUAAGGCUGAACUUCCGGCAUCACUUAGACUGAUGGGACUGCGAAUGUCACACUUCAAUGAAAGCAAGAAAGGUGUUGCAAGUGACCCUAAACAAAGAACACUUUCCAACUUCAUAGUCACAGAGGAUGCCUCAGGAAGAGUUUCAGAGUCGAAUAUUUAUGAUGAUAAUACUUUAUCCAUCGACAGAGAGACCAGUUUCUCUAGCGAUGCACAUGCGCCAUGUGAAUCAUUUGAUUUUAUGGAUACCCAUCAAAUGUUGGAUGUUGAUCCCACUGACAAAAGGCAUGGCCGCGAUGAAGCAGAAACUGGGGUUGAUAACCAUGAUGUGGUGAGAGAUGCAGCGAAUCCACCAUAUCCAAUUGGGGCUGGUGAAGUAGUGGUAAGAGAUUCAUCUCCUGGGCUGUUAGAAGAAACCAGCCUGGAUCUAUUAGGAAGAGUAGUCAGCUGCACUGAUGAAGAGCCAGCUUCUUUGUUAAACCCGAAAGAACCCUUCUUUUGGUUGAAUGAUUACCAAUGUUCUGUAUGUGGGAUCGAACUGCCUCCCAGUUUUGUUGAGGAAAGACAAGAGCAUUUCGAUUUUCAUCUUGCUGAGAGGCUGCAAGAUGAGGAAUCAAACAACCUUAACAGAGUUCUCAAGCCGAAGCAAAGGUUCACCCACAAGGAUCAAGUGAGCGAGAGUCGGCAGAGAAAGAAGCAGAAAGCAUCUCCUUCAGACGGUAAGCACAUUCCAAUUGAUAUGUUCUUUGCAAAAACCAGUCAAAAUUUUUGAUACUAUCCAGUUACAAUUUAUUUGUUUUAUGUGUAACACAAGUGCAUCAUUAUGAUUGUUUAAGCCUGUCCCUUGUAUAUGUCCGAGAACUGCAUUGCAUGAUGAACCCAUCGCAAUAAAAUAAUUUUACUGUUGUACUUAUUUCAA